AAACACUGCAGAUACUCUCACAGCACUUUACCAAAGCGUCCACUAGGUGAAGUAGUAUCAACGGACGUAAAAGUUACCAGGAAGAGCGUAUCCUGAUCAGCAAAGCAUUUGUCGACAGCUUAAAUACGACAAAUGGGAGAUUCUUUUUUUGGUUUCAAUACCAGUUUACCUCCACUAGGAGACCGCGAUAGACCACGUGGUGGUGUUGUAGGAGGAGGAGGUUAUGACGAUGAGAUAUUUGAAGGCUCCGGCGACGUCAACUCCAAAAUCAAGAACUACGCUGCAAGAGCUGGCGAAGACCUUGAGAUCUACGAUUUUGGUGGUCUGAGACAGGAGCUUGAGGAAGAUGAUGGUUUGGCUGAUCAACUCAUAGAAGAGAACGACGAUCUCAAUGAUGUCACAUUCUCUGUCGAUGUCAGAAAAGAUGGUCCUGACUUUGAUUUUGUUUCCAACACUGAAAACUUCAACAACACUAGAAUCAGUGAAGAUGAAGCUUUUUUCAUUAGUGGAAAGCCAAAUCAGAACCAGCAACCAGCCCGUCAUGGUCAGCAACAGGCAGGUUUUCUCAACCCUUGGGUUCCUCCUAAGAAUAACUUUGAGGACAAUCAGCUGCGUUACACCUCUGCUCUAAGCCGUGGUCAUUCUGCCAGCAGCCGUGGUUUGGAUGACUCGUCACCAGCUAUGGCUUCUAGCUCUAUUUGGGGAGAUUUCGGUUCGCCUCAUGACCAAUCGUACGCCGCAGCCUUGCAUGCUCAAGGAGCCAAGCAGCAGCAGCAGCCUUACCUUGGUCAACAGCAGCCUUAUGGACUUGUGCCUGGCCACCAAAGAGGACAGACGUUUGAUGAAAUUGAGGCCGAGUUACACCGUACGGCCAACUACCAUGGUCAAAUGCCUCCUAGCGAUCAGUCCAACAUGCUUGGCGGCAACCAACUUCCUGGAAAGAAAAUGCUUACUAUGGCGGAAGUGGAAGCUGCUAUGUUAGCUAAAGGAGGUGUCCCCAGCCCCAAUAUGCCGUACCCUCAGCAGCAACAGCAACAACCCCAGUUUGGUUACGGAAAUGUUGAUCCAGCUCAAAUGAUGGCCCUUAGACAACAGCAAGAGCUUUUGGAACAAAUGUCAGCGGAGAAGGAGCUUAAGAGACGUGAGCAAAUGCGUCAGCAAGCUGAGAAGUCGCGCUAUGACAAGUUGAUGACUACUCGUGACAAGGAUUUCAUCAAUCGCAUUCAACUUCAGCAACUUGCUUCUGGAGAUCCUUUUGCUGAUGAUUUCUACUAUCAAGUCUACUCAGCCAUCAGACAGAGAGCCGGACUUCCUCCCCCGGGUUCCAACAAGGAUCCCAUGAUGGAAGCCAAGCUAAGAGAAAGUGGUGACAGAGGCAAGCGAUCUAACCGACGCGAAGAGAAUGCCAUGCACAAAAUGCAACAGCAGGUUCAACGUAUCGUCAAUGACGCUAAGAGACGUCCCAAGCAAACUCAAUUGUCUUUGGAAGGUGCUUUGGGUAAAAUUACCACACAUUCUGUCAGAAACCCAAGACAACUGUUGCAAGUCAGUGACAGAAAGGCAUCCAGCGUUUCUGCUCAUGACUCCAGCGAACAAACCAGUCCUGAGGAUCGAUCCGAGAAAUCUUCCCCUCCUCGCAAGGUGCUCAAUGAUAAGAAGAAGGUGUUGAGACUGAUUGAAGACCUCUACAUGACCGUGCUCAAGUUGGAACAGUUGCGCAGAGAAGCUCCUUCGCCUGUUGCGAGACCUGGUUACGAAAAAGAACAUCAGGACUCUAUUGACCGAUGGAACACGGACUAUGCCGACGCCAUUAGCAAAAUGUGGAGUGAACUUCGAAUUGAAGAAGAUGAAGAUAUCAAUCAACAUCCUUUCAUUUCCAUCUUGUCUGUCCAUAAGGGCAAAAAGCUCAUUCCUCGUAUAGCACGACACUGCAGCCCAGAGAAAAUCUAUUCUAUGCUCAAAUUGGUUGUUGCUCACUUUGACUCCCUCAAGGUGUGUCAGAUGGCCACCAGCAACACACCUUCUCAAGGUCAAGAUCAAUACGAUUUCGUCAGCUUGGAGGAUGUCGAAUUGUUCAUGAACACCGUUAUCCCUCCCAUGGUGGCCUAUGUCGCCGAAGCUCCCUUCAGCACGGUGUGUGACCUGAUUCAAUUGAUGAUGCAGCGAAACGACCUUAUGUAUGUUGGCAAGAGCAAGGCUGGCUUGUCCUUGAUGACCAUGUUCUUGUCGCGAGCGGAGAUCCUCAAGCAAGGUGGAGGUGCCUUGCAAGGUCUUGCUCAAUGCACUCCUGAAGAACUGGAACGAUGGGAUAUGCUAUACCAGCAACUGUAUGAGAAAUUGCAUGACCAUUUCCUCAUGUUCUUCCCACCACCUGUGAUACUCCCUGGCAACAACCAAGCUAUCAAUGCUGUCCAUCUUGCUAACAACGCGGAUGAUACUUAUGUAUGGCAGUUCUUGGCUGCUAUUGCCGUGGGUGCCUCCAUGGAGCAGCAACAUUCGCUGGUCACUGAGAUCAGAGAUCGCGUCAUGGAAGAUAUCGUAAUGGCAUCCAGUAACCGCCUUCCUGCUGAACAAGCCGCACACAAGAUAUCCAAUGUCAACCUAUUCCUACAUGCUCUUGGCUUGGAUGCUUCCCAAGUCACCUUGCCUGUGUAAAAAGAAACGAAAAAAUAUCCCAAAAAGUUGAUCAGACACCAUCCCAAAUUGAAUUCUAUUUAUUCUUUUUAUCAAAAUCCCCAUUCUAGCUUUUCA